AUGAAGCUAUCACAGCUAAGGGAUCUACUGAAGCAUAAUGCGGAGCUGCAGCUUCUCACGGAAGAUGAGAAGAUAACCGAUGAUAUAUCUGUGGCUAAGAAUUUAAAAAUAGCGUCCGAGAUAAUGUCUCUUGAUGAGUUGACGGAUUUUAAGCUGGAAGAUUCGCAGGUACCGCUAAGAGUAGUUGUACACUGCUGGCUUCAUAGAGACUCCAGCGCUGCAGAUUAUCUUGCGGAUUGUCAAACGAAGGAUCUCACGAAUGUGUCGUUUUUGCAGCGAAACGACUUGAUCCAGUGGCUCUCUGGAACAACACAAGUGUCACAGUAUGUCGGCCCCGAGGAGGGCGAGGUAGUGGAGGAGGGAGCAGUAGCCGGAGAUGUUGGCUAUCAGGAAGACGAGAUAUUGAAAGAGAUCUUGACACGCGAGAGAUAUCUGGCUGACCACAACUCCUCUCUACGCGGCUCCAAGCCGCGUAAUUUCGGAUAUCUGAUCAAAGACGUGGAACUGAAGGUGGUCAACCAGUUGAAAUCCACCAGGCGGUCCAAGCCUGCUGCCGGUGUGUCAAAGAGUUCGAUUUCGCGCACUCCAAUAAACGAUCCGAUUAUCCUAAUUCCGUCGGCUGCUUCUUCUAUCUUCACCAUUGCAAACAUCAAACAAUUCCUCGAGGAUUCGCAAUAUAUAAAUCCGCGGGAGCUACCGACUGUGACUAACGACCUGACAACUGUGGUCAAGAAACUGGAUAGGAUCUCCAGACCGGUGAAGUUUGUGAUUGUGAACAACACACGGCUAUUCACGAAACCAGAGUACUGGAACAGAGUGGUGGCUAUCUUUACGACGGGGCAUGAAUGGCAGUUCAAGAAUUAUCAGUGGUCCAAUCCCACUGAUCUUUUUCAGCGCUGUAAGGGUUACUACUUCCACUUUGCAGGCGAUGUGAUCCCCAAGACGGUCAACCAAUGGAAUGUGCAAAAGUUAGAACUGGAGAAGAACAAGCGGAUCAAGGAUCUAGAAGUUUUGCGUAUAUUCUGGACGAUGAUGGAGAAAGAGCUAUUGGCAAGGGGAUUUCAUUAG